AAUAAUAUUUCAGGAUUAAAUACAUUUCAUAAUAAAUAUUACUCCUAUAUGCGAGUCAUGUGUUGUGCGUAUCCUUAUUAAUAUAUGUUCUGUGUACGUAUCAUUGUCAUUUCAUGUCGAAGUCGAAUGACGACGCAUCCAAUGCAUUCAAGGUGGUGGUAUCUAAUGGUUCUAAUGGUGCUACUAAUAGUAGUCCUAAGAAACCGGCGUCUUGAUUUUUCUGUGUCCGGUUUGUCACUAAAGUGUGACGUAUAAUUAAUAGCAGAAAAAUGAAAAGGAUUUUUGAGCGACCAGCGCAAAAUAAUCCUUCGUGCGUAAUAAUUGUAUCGACCAAGUUUAACCUCGUCGUCCACAUUGGAAUUGGAAGGAAAACUGAUUAACGCCGCACAAUUACUCGCAUGUGAAAUUGCGCGCUGAAGAACAGCGCGAUGUUUUCUAUUAGUAAGAUAUUUGUUUUGGUAACUUUUUGGAGCUGAUGUGGAUCUAUUGGACUCAUUCAAUUAGAUCCUUGAUCUCUCCAGAGUUGACAAGAUUCAAUGAGAUGUGAAAGUCAAAGGGACCUGUCGCACUGCGUCAAAUAAGGAAAAAUCACAACGCAGAAAACAGUCAGGCCAGAUUUUCCAAAUAAUUCUCAAAAUGAUCUCCCAAAUGUCGCAUGUGAUGACCCUCGCUAACAGCAUCAUAGGUGUGAGCGUUCUGGCGAUGCCCUUUUGCUUUAAGCAAUGUGGUAUAGUACUGGCUGUUCUGGUGCUGCUUCUAUGCAGCACCUUGUCUCGAUUGGCCUGUUAUUUUCUCGUCAAGUCAGCUGUGAUAUCGAGAAGACGCAACUUUGAGCUACUCGCCUUCCACGCGUUUGGCCACAUGGGAAAGUUCCUGGCAGAAUUAUUCAUUAUUGGUUUUAUGCUAGGCACAUGCAUUGCGUACUUUGUCGUUGUCGGCGAUCUGGGGCCACAGAUAAUCUGCAAGAUGAUGAGCAAGAAUCCAGCGGAUAUUCGCACUAGUUUGCUAAUUUUCACUGGACUCUUCAUAGUUUUACCCUUGGGAUUGCUUCGAAACAUUGACAGUCUGUCUAGCAUUUGCACCGCUACCAUUGUCUUUUAUCUCUGUCUUGUAUUAAAGAUUAUGGGCGAAUCAACCCUACAUAUUUUUAUGGGAGAUUGGUUUAACAAUGUUAAUUAUUGGAGACCGGCCGGCAUCCUCCAAUGUCUGCCGAUAUUUUCUAUGGCUCUUUUCUGUCAAACGCAGUUGUUUGAAAUAUACGAAACCAUUCCGAAUGUAUCCUUAGAGAAAAUGAACGACGUUGUAAGAGGAGCGUUAAAUAUAUGUACACUUGUAUAUAUGUGCGUUGGCUUGUUCGGUUACAUUGCGUUCUGUACCCAAUCGUUCACAGGAAAUAUUUUAUUGAGUUUCGAACCUAGCAUAACAUCAGAAUUGAUUAAACUAGGAUUCGUGUUUUCGGUUGCAUUCAGUUUUCCUCUAGUCAUAUUUCCAUGUCGUGCGAGCUUGAAUUCUCUCUUAUUUCGCCGGGUGUACACCCAUGAACCGUCUGUCAAUUAUCUACCGGAGUUCAGGUUUCGAUGUCUCACAAUCGCGAUAGUCAGCAUUUCCCUGAUCGUUGGUAUUUUAGUACCGAACAUAGAGUUCGUUCUUGGUAUUGUGGGAUCAACAAUUGGUGUGAUGAUUUGUUUAAUAUUCCCGACAGUAUUUUUUAUCUCUAUAAGCAGCAAAAAUACUAAUGAAAGACUUAUAGCACAGUGCAUUUUAAUCGUCGGUGUUUGGAUCAUGAUCCUUGGUACAUACGCCAAUUUAUAUGCUAUAGAGAAGUCUACAAGCACAAAGUUAGCGGUGACUAAUAAGCCGCUCGCUCAAAUCAAUAAUUUACCGUUAGAGAUAAUUAAAGAUGAUUUACAUAUCAUUCCCAACAUUCCUAAUAGUCUGGAACUUAUUCCUAGAGCGAAAGACAAAAUUAAUCAACUACCUGACAUAAAUGUCAUCGACAAAACAUUAGAUCUGAAAGUGAAAGACGUUCGACAAGAACCACCAAUACCUGUUGAACGUAUGAUCAUCAGCGAAAAGCCAAAUGUCGAAAAGCCUGUUAAGAUGAUAGCAGUAGGCUCUCUGGUGCCAGAAAUAAAAAAUAUAGAUGAAACAAAAAACGAAAAUUUAAACGCACAAGCACAGGUUGCCAUAAAUAUUGAUAACACUAAAAUUGAUAAACCUGUUACUUUGAAAGCAGAAGAAAAGAUAAAGAUAAUCGAGGAAAAAGAGCAAUCGUUGGACUUACAGAAGAAUGAUAAUCUCGUUUUGGACGCAAUAAAGAAAGAGGAGUCAGAGUUGGCAGCUGAUGGAGAUAUGGCUAAUGCUAGAGCUGUAGAACGACAUGAGCAACUUAGAAAAACAUUGGAGAAACAUAAAUUGGAGCAACGUCAAAUGAUGCAGGAACAAAAGGAGAUUCUGAAGGAUAUCAAGGAACAAAAGCAAGAAUUCGAGAGGGAGAAACAGAGAAUGGUGAAGGACGAGAUACUAAAAAAGAACGAAAAGGUACAAAUUGAUGUAAAAGAAAAUAUUUUGCCAGAAAGUAAAAGUAAUUUGAUAGAAAACAGUAAAAAAGAUGUAAAGAAUAAUGAGGUUAUUAUCGAAAAAAAUAAUGAUAAAGAAGUUUUGAAAAAGAAGGAUUGGAAUAAUGCAGACAAAAUCAAAUUAAGUGAAAAGCAUGAAAAGCCUCGAGAUGAGAAUAAUAAUGUAGAUAUCGCAGUUGAAAAUAGCAAAAAAAAAUUAGAUGUGUUUCGCGAAGUUUCUCAAAAUAAGAAUGUAGAAAUAUCACAAAAAAUAUCAGAAAAUGCACCAGAUAAAUUUUCUCUUAUUAAAGAGGUUGAUCGUGAAACACCAGACAAAUCAUUACAAAAAGAAAAACAAGAUAAGACAAAAGUAGAAAGAAUAGAAUUUAAUGAUUCCAAAAAUAUGAAGGGACCUAUUUUGAACGCCUUGACAAAAGGAGUUCUACAAAGAUCUGUUAUGGAAGAGGAACUUGCUAAAAAGAAUAAUAAUCGUCAGACGAAGGAAGAGAAGAGAGAGAUUCUUAUGAAUGAAGUUGUAAACGCCUCGGACAAAUUGCAAGAAAAGUACGAUGAGAAAUAUUCUGUACCUAUAGCAUUGAAAAUGAUGAAUCAAUCAAAAUUAGAGGUGAUCGUUCCAUCAUUGAAUAAGAGCGAACCGGAGAUUCUCGUGAUUCGUCGAGACAUUCUGGAGAAUAAUGAACGUGAGAAAAGGGACAUUGAUGGAGAAGCAAAUGUGAACGACACGAAAGUAGAUAGCGAUCAUUUAACUGAGAAACCUGAAUCUCUUAUUAAAGACGCCAACGACGCAGACAGCAAGACCUGUUCGAAAUUGCGGGAAAGUUUGAAGAAAUCAGAGGCAGAGAAGGAAUCUGAAAGUAAAAUAAUUAAAUCGAGUACAACUGAAGUGCCUCUGAUUAACACAAACCUUUAUUUAUCUGAACAAAGAAUAAUGAAGACGAUUUCUAUGGAUCAACAUGCUGCUCUGGAUUCAAAGUAUGCAGGUAUGAACCAGGAAGACUCGAAAAUUCUCAGUCCUAAAGAUAAAACUGAGAUAUAAAUAUCUCAAAAGAAUCGAAUUAACGUAGCAUAAUAUUAAGUAAAUUUAUAAGUCACUUUUUGCUUUUCGAGUUGCGCUGUGUCUCCUUAUUUAU